AUGAGUAUCUCGUACGUUGUCGGCGGGCUACUCAUAUUGCACGCAGGAUACUCGUCAUAUGAACACCACCAGUUCCUAUCGUCGACAGAUAUUCCAACGGAUAUUAUUCUAGAACUCGUCAUUGGACUCGUAGUUCUCAACUUCGGAGUUCUAGCAUCCAUCAUCAACACUCCACGGCUUGGGAUUGCCCACUCACAGGUGGUCAAGCACGCAAACAGGUACUUACGUCCAAUAGAAAUGAGUGCGGCCAUGGAUUCCAUCAACGCAUUGGGAGUGAGUGAGUUUGAGGAGUUCGACACCAGAGUGGAGUUUUUGGAUAUUCGUCAAAAGCGUAAAGAGUACUUGGAGUGGGCAGGGAAAAAUUAA